AUGUUUGCUAUUUCAGCGCAAGUGGCAAUGGCACAAGAAAAUAAUGCGACGAAUAUAACGGAAAGCAAUGUCACUAGUGAUUCACCGACGAUUUACUCGAAUUCCACUGCUGUUGAUUCACCAUCCAUGACACCAUCCACGAUACUCCCAACAAGUUCCAUUGCACCAACCAUCAACUAUGAUGAGAUAUGCCCAAAUAGCGUGGACUGGAAGAGGCUUGGGCGCCCAUGGGAAAGCAUUACCGAAUGGCAAAAGCAGUUCACCUGUGAUGACGACAAAGUCAGUUGUUCGGAUUUUGGAUCCUUGGGGCGUGCGUCCCUGCACUGUUGCAAGUGUCGCCCCAUUUGCUGCGGACGAUGCAAUGUCCCAUGCAAUAAUGAUGAUGGCACAGCUGACACGAAUCCACCCAACAUUGCACAGCCAUCAUCACAAAUAUCACCAUCGACCGCUCCAGUAGGCUACAAGUACAACUUCAAGGAUACCAAAAGUUCCAGCUCUUCCUGGAAACUUCGACCAGGACCGCGGCAUUUUGCUUUGCUUAUCGUUGUAUUUUUUAUCUCUGUCAUUUUUUGUUGCAAUCGAGAACAACGUACCCUGAGACGGACGCGGCGUACCAUGAGUCAGCGACGGCGGCAGCAGCAACAACAACUGAAUGAAGAUGGUGGCGCAGACGAUGCCAUUUCCGAGGAACGAUAUCAACUCUUUCUUUCCAAGUUUCAUUUCGAGACAGUCCCUCCUCCUGAUGGCACCAACAAGAGCAAUAAAGUGGAGUCAUUGUACAAUCCUGACAGGAUGGUGCGUGAAAAUUCCACGACUUCGUCCAAGGUUAGUUCCAUUGCUGACAAAAGUAGUAACGACGGCAAUGAUGAAGAAAUUGAUGAAAAUUAUAGGCCAAAACUACAGGAUGUCGAAAUAGGGGCUCCUCCUCCUGACAGUAGGGAAAAUACACUCAAGAGUGUCAAUUCCUCGGUUAGUAGUGCCUGCUGCUCCACCUCCUACCAACCAUUUGCUUCCCUCAAACGGAUACCAGCCAGAGGAGAAUGUUCCAUUUGCUUGGAUGGAUACCAUCCGGGUGAUACCGUGUGCAUUGCAGUCAAUGAAGCCUGCAAUCAUGUCUAUCAUCAAGAAUGCGUAGUGGAAUGGCUCAAGACCAAUGGGCGGUGUCCACUCUGCAGGGUGGAUCUGAUGAAGUAA